CCAACCAGCAAGCAACCUGGAGCCAGGCGGGCUUGGCUGGCUAUCAGCUGCACCAAAACACCACGCACACCUGCGAUAGCCCAUGGAUCUGCAUUCUUAACGCCUCGCACCGCAGAACACCCUUCUGCACCCUCACCUCUCCCGCCGGCCGUCCUCGCCGUCACUGUCCUCUGCUGUCCGUGCUGCAGCCGCCGAAUCCUGCACCGCCCGCCCACCCAUCGACGGAACCGACAGGCACACCCCGCCUUUUCUCAAGGCCUCCGACGCCGCUGCGUCUGUCCGAAAGGAAGCCUUCCCUUGCGCAUCACGCUCGAGGCCAACCGGCUCCCGCAAUCACCAUGGCACGUGUCUACGCCGACGUCAACCAGAACCUGCCGAGGAGCUACUGGGAUUACGACAGCGUCAACAUCAGCUGGGGUGUCCUUGAGAACUACGAGGUUGUACGCAAGAUCGGCCGCGGAAAGUACAGCGAGGUCUUUGAGGGAAUCAACAUCGUCAACUACCAGAAAUGCGUCGUCAAAGUUCUCAAGCCUGUCAAGAAGAAGAAGAUCAAGCGUGAGAUCAAGAUCCUGCAGAAUCUAUCGGGCGGACCAAAUAUCGUAGCUCUGCUGGACGUUGUCCGUGACAGUCAGUCCAAAACACCUUCUCUCAUUUUUGAGAACGUCAACAACACCGACUUCAGGAGUCUGUACCCAAAGUUCAACGACAUCGAUGUGCGGUACUACAUCUUCGAGCUGCUCAAGGCUCUGGACUUCUGCCACAGCAAAGGCAUCAUGCACAGAGACGUUAAGCCUCAUAACGUUAUGAUCGAUCAUGAGAACCGGAAGUUGCGCCUCAUUGAUUGGGGUUUGGCGGAAUUCUACCAUCCCGGCACGGAGUACAAUGUACGAGUGGCCUCCCGAUACUUCAAAGGUCCUGAGCUGUUGGUCGAUUUCCAGGAGUACGACUACAGCCUCGACAUGUGGAGUCUGGGUGCCAUGUUCGCUUCCAUGAUCUUCCGGAAGGAGCCGUUCUUCCACGGCAACAGUAAUUCUGACCAGCUCGUCAAGAUCGCCAAGGUCCUCGGCACCGAUGAUUUGUUCGACUACCUCGACAAGUACGAGAUAGAGCUUGACCCACAAUAUGAUGAUAUCCUCGGCCGCUUCCAGAAAAAGCCGUGGCACAGCUUCGUCAACUCUGAGAACCAGCGCUUUGUUAGUAACGAGGCCAUUGACUUCCUGGACAAGCUCCUGAGAUACGACCACCAAGAACGUCUGACUGCCAAGGAAGCCCAGGCGCAUGCCUACUUUGAGCCGAUCCGAGACGAGGCGACACUGAAGCAGUACCUCAAUGGUGCCACCGUCAGCUCAGAAUCGAGGACCUGAGGAUGCCCACACUACUGCUGAUAUUUCUCUCUCUCUCUCUCUCUCCUGCUUCCUGGCCACGCCUGCAAAUCAUUAUCACAUGUCGAAGGCGAGCAAUAGAAGGACUAGGUCACAAAUUCAUGCUAUGUAGUGAGGGUGGAGGGGAGCAAAAGCGGCAGCAUGUAUGAGGAGGGGAAUCAAUAGUGUCGCUUAGCACCUCAGCCAGAAACGCAAGAUAAAGCGAGCGCUCAUUCGGGGCCAGGUAGUCUCCCAUAUAUCACCCAAUUCCAAUAUACCCUUGCGAAAAAAAAGAAAA